GGGAAGCCCGGGAGCGGCAGCUCGGCAUCGAUGUACACUGAAAUACAGCGGGAGCGACCAGAUGGUGGGAAUAUCCUGACUCACCCAGACUACAUAGAUGGAAACCCAGACCUUAUCAAACCUAAAAAGCUCCUAAAUCCUGUAAAAGCCUCAAAGAGCCACCAAGAGCUGCACAGAGAGCUGCUGAUGAACCACAAAAGAGGCUUGGGCAUGGAGAGCAAGCCAGAGCUGCAGCGGGUACUCGAGCACCGACGGCGAAACCAGCUCAUCAGACAGAAGAAGGAAGAGGAAGAGGCAAAGAAAUUGCAGUCUCCUUUUGAAAAAGAGCUAUUAAAGAGGCACCAGAGGCUGGAUCAGUUGGAGAAAGAGCAGGAGAAGCAGGAAGACCAUGCACCAGAAUUCAUCAAAGUCAAGGAAAACCUGAGAAGAACAUCAACGGUGACUGGUGAUGAGAAAGCAGCAUAG